UCAAGUUAUCUAAGCAUGGACACCCAUCGAAACUGGGCCCAGGAUGUGUUACGCUGUCAAAUUUGUAAGACCCCGGGCCCUUCUAUGUACUGUGAUAUUUGUCACAUACAUCUGUGUAAAACCUGUGUGGGGGAACAUAUCUCUGAUGAAUCCCAAAAGCACGAAGUGGUGUCAUUUGAAAAGAGGGGAUCUACUUCUAAAUGCCCCAAACAUUCCUCAAACAUAAGUGUUCUUUACUGUGAACAAUGUGACAUUCUUAUUUGUACAAAAUGUGCUUCCUGUGAAAAUCACCGAGGGCAUACAUUUAUUGAACUUAUCAAAAUUGUCGACGGUAAAAAGAAUAUCAUUCAAAAAGAUUUAGAAGAACUAGAAAAGUCCAUUUUUCCUAAAUACCAAGAGAUUGCGUCUAAGAUUCAAGCUAGAAAACCAGAUCUGAAUAAGAAACUGAAAUCAGAUGUUGAUGAAAUGGACAUAAAAAACCUGGCUGUCCUAAACGAACAGGAAAAUGAAAUCACACGCAUCAAUUCUAAAAUCACACAAAGCAUUGCUGAUCUUAAUAAGUUACUUAACUCCAAUGAUGUCAGACGUGUAACUGCCUACAAAUCGAGGAAUGCAGAAUUCAUAGGAUUGCUUCCUAAACUUACGAUUUCUUUACCACAUUUCACUCUUCAAAAUAUAAACAAAAAUCAGCUUUGUCAACAACUUGGUUCUUUAUCAGUGUUAUAUAUCGGUGCUGAGUCCUCUUUCCUGGGAAGACUGCUCAGUGAUGAACCUCGGAUCACCAGAUAUAUAAAAACUGAGUUUGGAGAAAACAAAUUACGCAGUGUGUCCUGUCUGAGUGAUGAAAUUUGGACGUGUGGUGAGGACAAAAUGAUAAGAAUUUACAACCUCCGGGGGGAACCAGUGAAGUCAGUCCAAACAAAGUCAGGCAACUGGCCAUCAGACAUAGCAGUGACAAAGGGUGGUAAUCUAGUUUAUACCGAUUGCAAUGAUAGAUCCGUGAAUAUAUUUCUCAAUACACAGAUAGAGACAGUUAUCAGGCUACAGUCGUGGAUUCCUUGUAAUGUCUGUAGUACCUCCUCUGGUGACCUCCUGGUUGUCAUGGACCAUGAUGAUGAUACACAAACAAAAGUUGUGCGUUACUCUGGCUUCACAGAGAAACAAAGUAUUCAGUACGAUGACAAAGGACAACUUCUCUUUUCAUCUGGUGGACAAAAAUACAUCAGUGAGAACAGGAACCUAGAUAUUUGUGUGUCAGACUAUGUCGCCCGUGCAGUAGUGGUGGUCAAUCAGGCCGGGAAACUCCGGUUUACCUACACUGGUCCUCCCUGUACUACCGAGGGAUCAUUUAGUCCAGUCGGCAUCACAACAGACAGCCAAAGUAGAAUUCUAACAUCGGAUUUUGAAAAACAUCGUAUCCACAUCCUUGAUCAGGACGGAGAGUUCCUCCGCUACAUUGACAAUUUUCUUUUAAACAAUCCAUUCGGUCUAUGUGUCGACAACAGGGACAGCCUCUAUGGUGCAGAGUAUAGCACAGGUAAAGUGAAGAAAAUACAAUAUUACAUGUAAAAAAAAAUACGUGUGAUAGUUAUUUAUCUGUCUGAAAAUGAAAGCGCUUAAGCUAUAUUGAACGUUUUUCCUGUUUUCUUAUUUUACUUUUUAUCUAUAAC